UCUCAACAGUGUGGUCCGUACUAGUAUAAAAAUCAGAGCCCCCUUCUCUUUUGCCAGUAAGCUCAAAAAACAAAAAUCAAAAUUAACCAAAAAAAAAAAAAGAAAACCAUUUGCUCUCUCUGUAUUUUUUCUCCCAUACACUUGACCCAUGCUCUUCUUGUCUCAUAUUCACUCCUUUUUCAACCUUUUCUCCGAUUGAUCUAAUCUUCAUGGAGAGCACCGAUUCAUCCACCGGCUCCCAGCAGCCCCAGCUGCCGCCGGGAUUCCGCUUCCAUCCCACCGACGAAGAACUGGUGGUUCACUACCUCAAGAAGAAGGCCGCCUCCGCCCCUCUCCCCGUCUCAAUUAUAGCCGAGGUUGACCUCUAUAAAUUCGACCCAUGGGAACUUCCCGCUAAAGCGACUUUUGGUGAGCAAGAAUGGUAUUUCUUCAGUCCAAGGGACCGGAAAUACCCAAACGGGGCAAGGCCGAAUCGGGCCGCAACGUCGGGUUAUUGGAAAGCUACCGGUACUGAUAAGCCGGUGCUUACCUCCGGCGGUACACAGAAAGUUGGUGUCAAGAAGGCCCUGGUUUUCUAUGGAGGAAAACCGCCUAAAGGAAUCAAAACCAACUGGAUCAUGCAUGAAUAUCGACUUGCUGACAACAAAACCAAUAAUAAACCUCCUGGUUGUGAUAUUGGCAAUAAAAAAGGAUCCCUCAGGCUUGAUGAUUGGGUAUUGUGUCGGAUCUACAAGAAGAACAAUCCACCAAGACCACUGGAUCAUGAUAGGGAUCAUGAUUUGAAUAUUGAUAUGAUGCCAUCAUCAAUAACUUCAUCCCUGUUGCCUCCAUCAAUACCUUUAUCUCAACACAAGUUUCAGGGAGGACUUAAGGCCGCUUCAAACUAUGGUGCAUUGCUUGAAAACCAUGAACAUCACAUGUUUGAAGGAAUGAUGUCCGGCGGCGGAGCCGAUGCGAACUCGCUGUCUCAGUUAACUUCAUCUGCCUCAAAAUCUCAACAACUCCCUUUGGGUGCUACAGAUUCAAAUGGUCUGCCUACAAAGAGAACACUUCCAGCUCUGUAUUGGAAUGAUGAUCAGGGUACCGCGAAUUCGCCUUCCACCAAGAGGUUUCUUUCUGAUGGCAGUGGUGAUGGAAGUAGUUUGGGGAGGACUAAUAACAACAACAACGAUGAGAACAAUUCGAUCGCGAGUUUAUUGAGUCAGCUGCCUCAAACAUCUUCAUUGCAUCAACAGGCAAUGCUGGGGUCACUUGGUGAUGGGGUUUUCCGACAACCUUAUCAAGUCUCCGGGAUGAAUUGGUACUCUUAGUGUUUAGUUUCUUGGAGGUGGGCUUUAUUGUGCUUGAUCAUUUGCAUGGAGAGGGAAGUUUAUUAAAGCUUUUAAGUUGAUGAUGAUAAAGGUAUUUGCCAUACUUCUGGUAUUAAGCAAGAUUGCUGGAUUGGAUAUAUGCGAUAGAAGAAGAGUUGAAUUUCUUACAAAGGUUUGAUCUUUCUGUGGAGCAUAUGUAAUUAACCUGUUUUUAUUGUGAGGCCGUGUAUAUUAACAGCCACUCCCAUAUAGAAAACUUUACUAUAGGUUGGUUUACUGUAGGGAACUUCUUCUACCUUUUUUUUUUUUUAAUCCUUAGAGAAAAGAUAGAAAAAUAUAGAGAGUAUACGUAUUUAUAUAUAAUAUAUAUAUAUAUAUAUUGUUCUAGGAUACAAUAAAAACAUACUGAUCAUAAAAUGCAGAAAUUUAUAAAACAGUAUUAAUUUAAUUUGCUGGUUGAUUGUAUAGAAAAGUUAAAUGGGUAUUUUGAUAAAUUUGUGUGCAUGUUUUUGUAACCCUUUAUAUAAUCUAAUUUGAGUUCCUAGCUUGUUAAGUGUUGUUAUUAUCACAUAAUCUGUUUAUUUUUUAAUAUGGCGCAAAUGAAAAUUGAUACGUUUCGACGGA